UUUGCAACCCGCCGGAACCAAAGCGGAGACGGAGGGAAAAUGUCGCUGGCGUCGUCGCGGACCGUUCUAGGAUCAGUGUCCUGUUAGGAGGCUCCAGGCGGCGGCUCCGGUGAGUGGGACCCGGCACCAGUUGCACCCAAGACUGAAACCUCUGCUGCGGUGUUGCCAUGAGUGAUUUCAUCUUUUUACAGAGAAAGUGAAAAGCCCCAACAGUUUCAAUGUGGGAAAGUUAGCAGUCAGCUUACCUCCCUCUAUCGUCAGGUCAGCUUUAACCAUAACCCUUUAAAAAGAGGAAGGUGUGCUGUAACACUACAUGGGCCUCUGAGGCCACCGGAUCUGAUAAUUACAGCCUCUGGAGCCUCCUCUCUCAGCUCGAAGGUUAAAACGUCAGCAAAGCCAUGGACCAAACCACCAGGGUUGUGGGUGUGGAUGCCCAGGGGAACAUGCUUUUCACGGUGGUGAAGCCAGUAAUGGGCAUCUUCCAAGUUCCUUCAGAACAAGCCGGCAGCGUAGUACAAGGUGGCAUGGACCUCCAGGGUUUAUCUGAGAACACGCUGGUCCUCCCUCAAAUGCAGGGCCAGGCUCUGCUCGAUCAGAACCACGUGGAGAUGCACCACAUGCAGCCUCACAUUCCGCCUCAGAUGCAGGUUUCGGCCCCCGUCCAUACCGAAGAUGUGUCGCAGAAUCAGGAGACGCCACCGAACCCCAGCACAAAUUCAGUGUCUGGGACCCAGAUGCCCUUCGCAGAGGUGUCCUCCCUCCUGGAUCCGAACAUGAAGGGAUCUAAGGCUCGGAAGUAUCUCAUCUCGUAUAAUGAAAUCAAACGGCGCCUGCAGGACCCGGAGAAGAUGUCCCUGCGCUCGUUGGCAGCGUACACUCGUGUCAGCAGAGGCCCAGCCAGCAAGAAAACACUUCUUGAGUCACUUAAUGUUCUCGGCCUCACUCCGAGCACAACUACCUCCGUAUCCUCCUCGUUCUCCAAACUCACAGAAGGCGACACCAGGGCUUUGUGUGAAGAUAUGAAAGAUUUCUCCCAGGACUACAUUGAUUACAGUAACAUGGCGAAGCAGCUCAUCCCAGAGACCAAUACAGUUCAACACUGGUCCAAAAUGAUUGAAACCAAGAACCACCUCGAGGAUAUGAGGAAAUGUUUCAGGGACCCGGUCAACAGUGGUGCGUUUGACAACGUCACUCACGGCCUCGGCCUGGGGAUGUUGGAUGUCGCACUGGACAUGAUCAUUAUGGUGAUCGAACAGCAGAUCCGCAUCUUGUCUGGUGCAGCGGCAUCAGACCCAGUCGACACCGGUCCGCCGAUGCGCCGUAUCCGCAGGCGCCACCGUAAAACCCACUUAAAUAACAUGGAGACGCCUCACAAGGUGACUGGGGGGGUCAAAGACCAAGGGAAGGUCAUUUCCAAAGGAAAGGGGCGAGGCAAAGCCAGGAAGAAAACAAGACAGGAAACCGUGGCGGUCGGUGCAGUGGAAACACCAGCAGAGCAGUACAAGCCAGACGAUGUGGAGGGUAACGUCCUCACACUGGUUUCUGUGGGAUAUGAGACGGUUUCCACUGGGCUCAACGCAGCUGGAACUGUUUGACCACUGGUCACACAACAGGUCAAAGGGACCAAUUACAGUCCCAUUCAAAGAGACACAGCAGCGGGACAGUCGGCACAAGUUGAGGUUCAUUGAGCUCCCAUGAAGACGAGCACAGUUGUAGUGAGCUCAGCAUCGCAGUGUAAAAACUGUGUCCCAAUUCAGGGGCCUGCAUCCUACAGAGGCUGCAUCUGAAGACUGGCUGCGUCACAGCAGUGUCACUGAGAUGUCCAAUCGUCCUUUAAAUGCGUCCUUUCAUUCCUAAAAAACGAAGGAUCCGACAGGUGGAUCCUUCUCGGGCCAACUUCCUCCAGGAUUCAUCGUGUGCCGGUGGUUGAGCUCGAAAUAGCUAACGAUGCAGUGGGAAGAGCGAGACAAGCUGGUGACUUGAAAUUCUCCGUAGACUAGACUGUCUCUGUCCUGUGAAGGAUGCCGUCCCUGGACUGGGACACAGAUAAUGUCACGUGUUGGAGUCCGCUGGAUGCAGCUGGAGGCAGCAGCAGGGAGUUAGCUUUACUUAGCAGAAAGACUGGAAACAGGGAAGCAGAUAACGUUCGCUUUAAAUUUCAAACAACUGGCGUCACUUCAGAAGUUGCCUUGGCCGUGACACAGAGUUUUACUCUCGAUUGGAAGCAGCCCCUCAGCACUGCACAGAUGAUUUUUGAUUUCCAAACUAAUUAAUAAUUGGCAUUAUUUUCACUUUCGUUAUUAGGUCAACGUGUCUUGAAUGGAAACCCUGCUAAUCAAUCUCAAAAACCAAAGCAUAAAAAAAGCAAUUAGUGUUUUACAGGCAGGUUUUAUGUAACAAGCUGACUCUUCAAUAUUUGAUAUAUAAAGUGUUUAGUUAGUCCGAUUUGUUUCUAUUUGUUUCUAGGCUAUUUGUUUGCCCCUGCUUCCCGUCUUUUGCUAAGCUAAGCUAAGCUAACCAGCUGCUGUGACAUGUGACAGAUGUGGAUCUCCAUCUUCUCAUCUGACAGUUGGCAAAAUUGCGAUUAAGCACAUUUCCUGAAAUGUUGAACUCUUUCAUUAAGUGACUCCUCUGUUUCUUUAGUAGGUUUCGUAUGUAUUUCGAUGUAUAAACUGAAUCUUGUCACAUUAUAUUUUCCUGCCUUAGGUUUUUUUUUAGCGAACAGACAAACCAAGGAAUGUAAAAUGUAAACACAUUGUUCUUGCACAAGUACAGUUAAUAAUACCACUGGUCUUGAUUAUUAUUAUUGUUUUGCCGGUCUCCUGUUACCCUCUUUUAUUUAUUGUUUAGAUUUCCAGUGUUGUUCUGUACUAGAGUGAUGGAAAUAAUGUCUGUCUGUUUUUACUGGAGUAAAAUAUGAAGAUUUAAUUUUCA